AAGCUCCGCAGGCUCACUCGGACGUGCAGUGUGGUGCAGCAUCGUGGUCGGACUUUCUUCAUACGUGAAACACUCUUUUUCGCUGCUUAUCGUUUUGAUUCCUGGGUGACUUGCUCCUGCUGAUAAAAAGAAUAAUGCAGCGGGAUUUAAAUGGAUUAUACAACUGGUGAUAAAAAUCAGCCCACGGAAAAAGUUAAAAUGGUUCGUUUGGUAUUGUGGAGUAUAUGGUUAUCUUCCGGAUUGAUGGUACUACUAUUGCUUGGCGCCAUUUUCGUAACACUAUUGGGAGAGAUCUCAUACUCCUCAUCCAACAUUCAGCAAAAUAUUGAUUCGAUAGAACCAGAUUCAUUGCCAAAUUUGCGCAGUAUAAAAGAAAAGAAGGAAGUCGAUGACGAUGUGAAAGAGAUUAUUAAGCAAAUUUACAACCGGAAAGGAUAUUCAAACCCCACACCUACUCCGGAAGACGAUGAAGUGGUUACGAGUAAACCACGAAGAAAGCGCCCACUGAAACUGAUAGGAAAGGAUUUCGAUCCGAACAAAUCUUACAUAGUCAAACAUCCCAAUGGUACUCUUACUUACGUGUUUCCUAAUAAUCCAAGUUCUGACGCCACUUCUACCACCUCUACCUUAUCACCUGAAAAGGAAGAUAAAAUAGAAACGGACAAUCUGAUCGAUAGAAUGAGUGAUACAGAUCAUACACAAGGUACAGCCGAAUACCCAACGGAUCUCAUAAACGAAGUCAUGAACACUCACAGGCUUGUCUUCGAAGGCGCAUUUGGGGAUGAUCUCGUUAUUCCCGCUGGAGAUGCUCUCAACGCGCGUUCCAAUGCAUUUGGGGAUGAGUUUCUUUGCGACAGUGCGGAAACAUUGGUACAUCCCAGGAGUGGUACCACAAGGAAUAAUUCGACGGUAUGGAUCGUCAACACCGAAGACUAUAAGCAGGGCGUUCGCAUAGAAACGUGUCGGUACAAAGGCAAACAGUGUAAUUUCUGUGAGGUGAAUGCUAUAUGCAAACAAGUGUACCACUACAGAACAUUGGUAGCAGUGGACAAAAUUAGCGGGAAAGCAACCAAAGAACAGAUUUUGCUACCAAGCUGCUGUAAAUGUGCCAGAGUAUCGUGAUUAUUUUUACAUGUGGGGAGGGGUCCGUACAGUACAAGAAUACUUUUAGACUGCUUUGAAAUUAUGUUUGACAUUUAUGUAUAGAGAGUUUAUUAUAGUUGAUGUCGAAAUAUAUUCAUAAUUCAAAAUA